AUGCCAGAUCUGCAGCGCUUUAGUUUUCCAUACCAUAGCAUGAAUCCUUUGUUGUUGGCCAACGCGCAUCUCCAACAGCAUCCACAGCAGAACCAAACGCCCGGACACCCGGAUUCUCCCUCAGCCCUCCUGCCCGACGCCGUUUUCGGUGGAGCAGACCCAGCGUCCUUUCUGCUAGGUGAGCAGGCUGGCCAAGGGCCCGAUCAGCCGGGGCCUGACUUCACCGCACCCUCGCAGACCUCACCUUACCUCCACCACAACCACAGCAGCCACUAUCAGCACCGCGCCGUACCGCAUCCCCCCGCAGCCAUGGCACUAAGAAACGACUUAGGAUCCAACAUCAGCGUCCUCAAGACUCUCAAUCUGAGGUUCCGAUGCUUUUUGGCCAAAGUGCACGAAUUAGAGCGCAGAAAUAAGAUUUUAGAGAAGCAGCUGCAACAGGCGCUGGAUGCCAACAAGGGCUGUCAAGGAGGAUGUUGUGACAACAGGGCGCAUACCCAGGAAGCAGGUGUGCAGACCGGAUUUGUUGGUACGAUACCGCUCAGGCCGGGUUCCCUCCCCUUCCAUAACACCAACAACUCAGCCAGGAGGCCUACAACACUGUUCCCACCACCGCUCACAUCAGCUCCCCCACCUGCAGCUUCUGAAAACACCAGUUCAACCCAAACAAAUACCAGUAACCCAGUCAUCACCAUCAGCCAGUCCUCUCCCUGUGUGGACUCCCCUGGCUCUAAAACUGCCCCCAAUAACAGUGCAGGCCCGGGCAUCUCCACCAACCCUCCUCCACGGUUCCUUCCGGGCACCAUCUGGUCCUACAACCACACCCGCAAAUUUGGCCCCGGUGCGGAGCGUCUGACCAGCCCAGGAGUGUCCUGGGUGCACCCGGAUGGAGUUGGGGUCCAGAUCGAUACCAUCACCCCCGAGAUAAGAGCCCUGUAUAAUGUCCUGGCCAAAGUGAAGAGGGAGAGAGACGAGUAUAAACGCAGAUGGGAAGAGGAAUACACUAUGAGGAUGGAUCUGCAACAGAAGAUUGCAGACCUACAAGAGGACCUGCAGGAGAGUGAAGGCUGUCAGGAUGAACUGGCUCUCAGAGUUCAGCAGCUGAAGGCAGAGCUGGUUCUCUUCAAAGGUCUCAUGAGCAAUAACUUGUCAGAGCUGGACAGUAAGAUCCAGGAGAAAGCCAUGAAGGUGGACAUGGACAUCUGCCGCAGGAUCGAUAUCACUGCUCGUCUGUGUGACGUGGCUCAGCAGAGGAACUGUGAAGAUGUGAUCCAGAUGUAUCAGGUUCCUAACAACCAGUCAUCCUUAAACUGCCGCCGGAAACAAACCCCUCUGUCAUUUAAUGGGAGCGAGGUUGACGAACCCGUCAGCACCUCCGAAAGUGACGGCGGCUUGGUCAAAGACGAGGACCACUGUGGCUCAUCGGCCAAUCAGAUCAAUGAGGAGAUGCAGAGGAUGCUGAACCAACUGCGUGAAUGUGAGUUUGAGGAUGACUGUGACAGUCUGGCCUGGGAGGAGACUGAAGAAACGCUGCUUCUUUGGGAGGACUUCCCAGGAUGCACUCUGCCUCCUGACCCCACCCACCCACCAGGAGAGGAGGACACUCUGGAAAAGGUGAUUAACGACACAGAAUGUCUGUUUAAGUCCCGGGAGAAGGAAUACCAAGAGACAAUUGACCAGAUUGAGCUGGAACUGGCCACAGCAAAGAGUGACAUGAACCGACACCUGCACGAGUACAUGGAGAUGUGCUCGAUGAAGAGAGGCCUGGACGUUCAGAUGGAGACCUGCAGGAGACUCAUCACACAGAGUGGAGACAGUAACCCUGCAGCACCUGUGUCCUCCGACGAGAGCGACCAGAGGGAAAACGACAAGUCUUCGUCGUCUCCGCCUUCUUCCUCGAGUGCUGGGAGAUCUUGACACCUCCUCAACCCGGCAGCAACGGAAGCUUGAGGGCAUGUGACCUCCGCUGCACCCAGCUAUACAGUACCACACCAACGCAAUAUACACCCGUAACUAUGGCAACACCAUGUUUACAUUUGAACCUCCUCAUUUACUGACUCAUAUCAUCAUUUCUUGCGCUGUCCACGAAAAUCAGCUGUGGUCCGAGGAGGCUCUGAGCACUGAAGCUGUGGUUGAGUAGUAGAGCUGGAUGACGCUUGAAGAUGGGGAAUUUACUGUGAGUCAGUCGGCCUGUGUCCCUCUGAUGCAGUGAGGCAGGGCAGUGCUGUAAGCUGCAAAAAAAAAAGAGGCAUAGCAUGACUUUUUCACUACACACUCACCAACAAAACACUUGUUAACCUGGGCAUCUUCAUCUUACAAUUAUCUAGCACAUUUAAAUAACUGUAUAUCAUACAAUAACUCUGACAGCUUUAGAGCCAAAUCCACAAAAUAGUCCUGGAAUUUAUAUUCACUUACCAACUUAAACAAAAGCAGCAAGCAGAUUCAUUUCAGUGUAACACUGCAGUGGUGGUAGCUUGACCUGGCAUUGAUGAGCGUCAAAUAUGGGUUUGAUAUUGAUAAUGAUGAGUCUUUAAAGUCUGAUACGAUGUCACGAUUCAGCAUUUUACUGCCUUGCGGCUGCAGAUUAGCUUGCAUUGUAUCUGUAGUACAAACGGAUUAAACUGUGGGCAAAGUGAAGCUAAAGUCAUCUAUAAGUCAUCAAUAAGUCAUAACAUCUGUGCUUUAUUUAGUGAAACAUAAUGUGGAAAAAUUUAUAAAAAUAACCAAAACAUUAACUGUGUAUAAACUUGAGCAGCUGAGUUGUGUCUCUGCAUACCAACAUGCCUUGUCCCUCUAGCCAGUGUUGUUGGGUAUGAUAUUGAAAGAGUUUUGAUCUUGUUGGUCUAAUGACAUGAUUGUGGUCCCAUUCAGGUAAACUACCUGGAUUCAGUUUGACCAUGUUGUCUAUUGCUGAUGUACUUUGCAUUUCCUGGCUGACCUAGAGGUAAAUGUGGCAUUAAACCUUUUGAACAAAUGGCCAAAAAUAGCUCAUCAUGUCACAAUGUUUCCAACACAGUUAAAACAUAGAAUGGCAUUCAGAGAGCGCAGAUCUCCGCCGAGGUCAGUGUCAAACAACACACACCAGACUUUAGAGAAUAAAAUUCAAAUUCAUACCCUGGCAGAAAUAAACAGACACAGGUGAAAACCUUACCUUCUUGGCGGAGGUAAUACAUUUCAGCAGCACUUACAGCAUUGGCAGUAAGUACUGGCAUCAUUACGGUGUCUGUCUUAGGAAGAGCAAAGCACACCAACAUUGCAACCCUCAUCCACAGAGAAAUCCAUCCUAUGAUAAGCACCCUCAUCAAAUUCUCAGUGGAAAUGUUGAAAAUGAACAAUAACAACAUAACAUAGCUGAGCCAGAUGAAGAAUUUUGAAGGAAACUUGGAAGACAAAUGUUGUCAAUUAGAGCAUUUCAUAAGAAAACAAUAACAUGUUAAAUGCAUUGGACAUCACAGAUAAGACUGUCUGUCUGAGGUUUGUAUUGUCUUUAAAUGGUGCUGCAUGAGAAACCAACAGUAGUAGUGAAAGAUCUUGUCGGUGUCGGAGGGAAGCAUGUUUGUUUUGUCCAGUGCAGUGAAACAUACAGGCUGAUCUGGAGCCAGCUUUGCUCUACAGACAAGAAAAGUACUGUGUGUUGUAGUGCACCGACAGCCAAGUGUCAGGUAGGAGCUGUUAAUGAUUAGUUUUAUUUUCAGCAGUAAUGCUUAGUUUAGAGUGAAGGUCCUAUAUUGUUAGAGCAGAGCUGCAUGAUGAAUCAUUUUAAGGAUAGUGAAAGAACAAAAAGAUGUUUAGCCGGUUAGUGCCAAAAAUUAAAUGAACGUGGUCAUAUUAUGAAUCAACAGGAACUUGCUAAAAAAAAAACUGACUAAAUAUAGCUGCUGAAGCUAUUUCACCAAGGUGCUUGAUGUAUAUAACUAAACCUAUUUUUGAGCCUAUAAACGUUUGCACAUAGAAAGGAAGAGCAAAGCAGAAAUUUACUAUAUGAAACAAUCAGCACUAUUACUUGUAAAACAUGUAUCAAAAAAAUGUCAACACUGGAAAUGGAGAACUAUAUUUCUUCUCUUCAUAUUUCCUCAUCUUUGACAUAUUGCAGGUGGGGUACUAGAAUAAUAAAUUAACAUGAACACAUACCUCAUUUUUACUUUAAUGUUUUCCUGGGCACAUUUCAAAAUCAAGUUUAACUCAGACAUACUGCUGUGUGAGGAUACUGCUGGAAACUGUCACUGUAAUGGGGAACACCCCCUAUCAAACAUCACUGUUAUCAGACACUGUCUAAAUAUAGUCCUGGCUGUAGUUUCUUAUGUGUGGUUGAACCAGGUGAACUAUAUUUCCUCUGCUUCUGCUGCGACUCACACUUCAACACUUGGUUACAGUAAUAAAAACAGGAGGAUGCAUGUGUGGCUUUGUGGAAUCAGCUGGAUGCUGAUUUCAGUGUUUCACUACAGUUUGAAUACAGGACGAGGACGUCAGCGAUAUAUUGUGUGCGACAUAAAACACCAUUUCCCUUUUGUAUAGUUUUACUUUCAUGCACUGAGUGAGUCUCUAUGUAUGCAUGUGCCAGUGUGUAUGUUUUUGAGUGUUAUGUCUGUACAGUGAGUGUUUUUAAAGACUUUUACUGUGGCAAAUGUACAACAUGAAGAAGUAGAAAACAUAAGUCCGAUUUGGUAUCGCCUCUGUUUAACUUUAAGUUAAAUCUGAGACUGAGCGGUCUUUUGACAAUUACACCUCAACAAGUAACUAUAUAAAUCAGAUGACAAUGGAGCUCUUUUUUUCCAUAGUGGCUUUCUUUAUGAGUGUAUGUGGUUGCCAAGUAAAGUCAAUUUAAAAAUAACUCAAGUAAAAAAAAAAAAAUUGAACUACUGAAAUGCAAAUGCUUUAGCAAAAUGACUGUAUGAUGGCUUUGAUAUUAUAUGUAUAAAGGAAAUUAUAGCUUUGAAUAUAUACUUGUGUUUAAAGACUGCAAAGAAGAAUGUCCAUAGUCACACACCUGAAAUGCUUUCAAUUAAGAUACAUUGACCUGAUUGCCCUACGUAGCUUUUCAAAGGAUGUACGGUGGUUAGUGUUUUUUUUUUUUUAUUUUUGGUUUUUCACUUCUUAUUUUUGAACAUAUUUGGCAUCACACAACAAUUUGAUGAUAAUCCUGAGUAUUGAUCGAAUACUCCAGAUGUGCGACUUCACAGCUUUAAACAUCAAGACAAAGCAAUUUUGGCUAAAAAAGCUUCACUGCAGAGCAACAGUAUGUAAUGUGUCAAGAGAGACUGAAAGAAUAAAAGAUGCA